AUGGCCCUGAUCAGGAAACAGAAAACUACCACCAUUUCAGAAGUCCCCCAGAGGCCUGCUUCAAGCUUAAAAGCACCUGAGCCUGUGUCUGUACCUGUGCCCCAACCAGAGCCAGAACAUGAGCCUGUUAAAGAAGAAAAACUUUCUCCGGAGCCUAUUUUGGUUGAUACUCCAUCUCCAAGCCCAGUGGAAACGUCUGGAUGUGCUCCUGCAGAAGAAUAUCUGUGUCAGGCUCUCUCUGAUGUAAUUCUUACAGUGAAUGAUGUGGAUGCAGAAAAUGGAGCUGAUCCAAACCUUUGUAGUGAAUAUGUGAAAGAUAUUUAUGCUUAUCUGAGACAACUUGAGGAAGAGCAAGCAGUAAGACCAAAAUACCUACUGGGUCGUGAAGUCACUGGAAACAUGAGAGCCAUCCUAAUUGACUGGCUAGUGCAGGUUCAAAUGAAAUUCAGGUUACUGCAGGAGACCAUGUACAUGACUGUUUCCCUUAUUGAUCGGCUCAUGCAGAAUAAUUGUGUACCCAAGAAGUUGAUGUAGCUGGUUGGUGUCACUGCCAUGUUUAUUGCAAGUAAAUACGAAGAAAUGUACCCUCCAGAAAUUGGUAACUUUGCCUUUGUGACUGACGACUCUUACACCAAGCACCAAAUCAGACAGACGGAAAUGAAGAUUCUAAGAUCUUUACAUUUUGGUCUGGGCCGCCCUCUACCCCUGCAUUUCCUUUGGAGAGCAUCUAAGAUUGGAGAGGUUGGUGUUGAGCAACAUACUUUGGCCAAAUACCUGAUGGAACUAACUAUGCUGGAUUACGAUAUGGUACACUUUCCUCCUUCUCAGAUUGCGGCAGGAACUUUUUGCCUUGCACUAAAAAUUCUCGACAAUGGUGAAUGGACACCAACUUUACAGCAUUACCUGUCAUACACUGAAGAAUCCCUUCUAAAUAUUAUGCAACACCUGGCUAAGAAUAUAGUCAUGGUGAAUCGUGGGGUUACAAAGCACAUGACUAUCAAGAACAAGUAUGCCACAUCUAAGCAUGCUAAGAUCAGCACUCUAGCACAACUAAAUUCUGCACUAGUUCAAGAUUUAGCCAAGGUUGUGACAAAGGUUUAACUUGUAAACAUGAGUUGGAGUACUAUAA